AAAAAGCGUUUGAUUUUAAUCAAACGCUAUGCCAAACUCGUGUUGUGAAAAUGUUUCGGACUCUACGGAAUAACUGGAAGAAGUCCACAUUUGCUGUGUGCGUCCUGUCUUACGGGGGCCACUGGCUGUAUGGUGUACACGGCGACAGUGUUCUGCGGAGAGAAGCGUGUCUCAUUGCAAAGGAAAGCCAACAAACUGUUUGAAAAGAACGCUGUUCCCCUUCUACACCUGGCCGGUGUGGAGAUUACAAUAGUGAAGACGGAUUAUGAGGGCCAGGCAAAUAAACUGAUGGAGCUCAUGGAACAUACAGACAUUCUCGUCGUGGCCAGAGGGGACGGCACCUUGCAAGAAGUCGUCACAGGUUUGCUGCGAAGACCAGAUCAAGACACAGUCUGUAACACUCCAAUUGGAUUCAUUCGACUGGUCUCUCGUAAUUCCCUAAUUCCAAGUCUUCACCUCCUCAGUGACAACAAGGUCAAAGACAUUACAUCAGCAACACUGUCCAUUCUAAAGGGGGAAACCGUACCUCUGGAUGUGCUGCAAAUCAAAGGGGAGAAAGAGCAGCCGGUCUUUGCUCUGACGGGACUUCGUAUGGGGGCUUUUAGAGAUGUGGCUUCAACAAUCAGCAAGUAUUGUUACCUUGGACCACUGAAGACCAGUGCAGCACAUUGGUUUAGUACACUACGGGAGUGGCCCUUGGUCCGCGAGGUCUCCGUGUCCUACCUGGCUCCCAGCCUGCGGCCCCCUGACCUGCCCACUCAGAAGCCCCCCCGGCCCAACCUGCUGCACCGCAUCAUCCGCAGGCUCCAAAACCGCUGGAACCCUCCGGGCGAAGAGCGUCCAAAAGUGGAAGAGCCGGAGCAGUGGAAGGAGAAGCAUCUUUCGACUUUAGAGCUGUUUAUUCACACGCACAACAAAAACCCAGUGAAGAGGCGCAUAAAUGACUCCCUGGUGAUCUGUGCAGAACCGGACAACUUCACAGUGGGCGAGUACAUCACAGUCGGAAGUCAAAAAGAGGAGGACCCGACUGUAUUCACCAAAGACUCCACAAGACUGGAAGCCAGUGCUUGCCAGCUUCAGCUGCCAGAGGGUUCCGCCGGCUUCCACAACAUCGACAACGAGGAGUAUGAGGCCAUGCCUGUAGAGGUACGGCUGUUGCCACGGAAACUACGUUUCUUCAUCAGCGCGGAGCGCCGAGAGCAGCUCCUCUCGCUGACGCAGUGAUGAAAAGACACUGGACCAGGAAGAGGACAAGAACAGCGAGACGAGAGAAACAAAAGAGGUGAAGAAGCCGACGCCACGCGUCUCUGAAGUCGGGCGGAUGUCAGCUGCGCCGGCAGUUGAAACCUUUGCACUUGGUCAAUUAAAAUAGUUUCUGUCCAAUUCAACA